CUCGUAAAAACGCUGCCACUGACGCCUGCCGACGCGCGUUUGCAAGCAAAACACGUCCUUUGCACUCGUCACGUUUCGCACCCUUCGACUCCCUGCAAAAAGUGCAGCCGUAGGACUCGCAACCCUCUGAAAAGCAGCCAUGAGGCGUGUCGUCCGCCUCAGCAACUUCAGGGGCCGCCGGCACAGCACCGCCGCUGCAACCCAAGCCUCUCAGCUAGACGUGCUCAUCAGGGAGCGCGCGACGGAUGGGGCCAUAUGCAAGGACACGGGCCUGACGUACGCAGCCAAGUACGACUGCUCAUUAUUAGAUGGUGCCACGGUCCUAGAUGAAGCGACGGGCUGGGGACUACGAGUACCCAAUUGUGACCUCACGAAGGCCGCACAAUUCACGAAGGACGACGUCCAAGCUAUAAAACGUGUCAUUCAGGACGUGAGAGGCAUCCUCACUUUUCCCAAUCAGCAGGACCUCCACCCGAAGGACCACGUCGCGUUUGCGGCCCACUUCGGAACACCAGAAAAGCACAUGGUGGCGAACGGGCUGCCGGACCACCCCGAGAUCUUAGAAAUUGUCAGAGAAAAAGACGCUCAAAUAGUCUUCGGCGAGGAGUGGCACAGCGACCACAGCUUCCAGCCGUUACCUGCCUCCUACUCUUUUUUGAGAGCGACGGCGCAGGUGACGCCCUACGGUACAAAUAACACGGAGUUCGCGCACUGCGAGGCUGCUUGGGAUGCAUACUCCGAUACGAUGAAACAACUACUCCUGCCUUUAGAUGCCUACCAUUCGGCAGGAAAAGCCUACGGCGACGGCGCCAAGUACGGCAAGACCACGCCGAACUCUAGGGAGGCGAUGCUCGAAACCAGUUCUAUGACUUUCGCAGUAGAAAAGGAAGAGGAAAUUAUUCCUGAUUGUAUUCAUCCCGUCGUCGUGCGCCACCCGGAGACCGGUAGAGAUGCCGUCUUCAUCUCCGAGACCUUUACCAAUGGCAUCGUGGGCAUGACGGCGCGCGAGGGCCUCGAGAUGACGCGCCUGAUCCAGAACCACGUCACGCAGCCGCAAUUUCGCGUCCAGGUGGCCUAUGAACCUCAUCAAUUAGCGAUGUGGGACAACCGCUCGCUGAUCCAUCGAGGCUUGCAAGAUGAUACGAGCGCGAAGCGUGUGAUACAAAGAGCCUCGGUGUCGAUGGCGGCGCCGCCCGUGGCGACGCGGGACUUCCUCCUCUAAGACCCCCCUUUUAAGAUUC